AUGGCUCAUCUGGCAGAUACUAGAACCGAAUUAACCAUUGAAUCGAAUAUAACAUCUGAGGAAGAUGAUGGAUUAGAUCCCCGAGUUCAGAUUGAAUUAGAACGAUUAAAUCAUGCAAAUGAAGCAAUCAAUCAUUUAGAAUUACAACAUGAUGAAGCUCGAAAAAAUCUCAAAGAAUUUUGGAAUACAGUUGAAGAAGAAUUAGUUCAAUUAGAAAAAAGUAUUGGUUCAGCUGUUAAUAACGCCCGAAGCUAUUAUGAAGCUCGAAUUCAACUACGGCAUCAAAAAGAAGUGUCAACUAAAGCAAAACAUCGAUUUGAACGUGCACAAGCUUUACAUGUUGCUGCUAAAGAAUUAGCUGUAGCUUCGGCUGAUUAUAUUGAUGAAGCCGAAAAAUCAAAUCAAAAUCCAGAAAAAUGGAGUGAAACAUAUGGUCAUGCUCUUGCAAAGGCAGCCGAUGCUGAACAAGAAAAAUAUGAAGCUGAUUUAGAGCAACAACGUGCCGAAAAAGCUUAUUUUGAAGUAGAAAAAUUAGUUGAAAAAUUGCAAAAAAAUUAUCGACGUGCAAUUAAUAAAUCACAACCCUAUUAUGAGAAAAAAGCUGAAUAUCAUAAAGAAUUAGAUUUUCAAAAACGUAAAGUUGAUGGUCUUGAAAAUUGUGUUAACGAAGCUAAAGCACAAUAUCAAGAAUCAUUACGUAAUCUUGAAAAAAUUAGUAAUGAAAUUCAUGCACAACGAAAUCAAGGAAAACUACCAUAUGAUCUCGGUGAACGAUCAGAUAGAUUCAAUGAAGAACAAAUAACUUAUACAGAAUUCAACAAAUUGCCACCAUCACCACCUAAAACAAGUCCAUCAACAUCACCUAUCAUUUACCCAACAAAACGAUUAAAUCGUCCAGAACAAUUACUUCGUUCAUGUUUACUUCACACAGAAAAAUUACCAGCUGGAAUAUUUGCUAAUACAAGUGGUCGAACAUCACCUGUAGGUGAUGAAACCACACCAACAAAUUUUAAUGAUCAAUUUAUCCUUUCUUCAAAACAACCACUACCGCCACCACCACAAAUAGUUAUUAUUAAUUCAGAUACAGAAUCAAAGAAAACUUUUCAUCAUACUCAUCAAAGAAAGCCAAGUGAUGGUUAUUCAUCACAAAUAACUGAUGAUGAAGAUGAUAGAACAGGUUCUCUUCAUGUUCUAACUGAUGAACAACUUGAACAUUUAGCUUCUGUUUAUCAUCCUCUUCCACCGCCACCACCUGAGACAGGUACGACUAAAACAUCAUCCAUACGAAUGUCUGAAUCUCUAUUAUAUUCAUUAAGCAAUCCUCUUUCUAAACUUGUUCUACGUUAA